AUGCCCAAUCCAAUUUGGAGUCACUUUAUUCAACUAGGACGUGUAGCUGGAUUUAAACAGAAAAGAAGAGAGUGCAAAUAUUGUCAGCAACAAUUUAAUGAUACUCUUAGAGCUGCAUAUGAAAAUAAUAGUGAUAGUAACAUAUCACUAAAUACAUUUGAAAUAUCUACUCCGGUCACAUCAAAUUUUGCGUUACCUUUAUCUA